UUCGAGUUGGAGCCAAGUCUACGACAGCUGCAAUGGUAAUUAUCAAUCACCAAUAAAUAUUGAUCCUGCCAAGACAAUCACCAUGAGCUACCCAAAGCUCACCUUUGGCAAUUAUGACCGCCACUGGCCAAUGAGUAUCACCAACGACGGUCACACAGUGCUGCUUGAUUUACCUCGUAAUUUUCCUGCUAACCUGUUGCCAUUCAUCAGAGGUGGUGGGCUACCGGAUAAGUUCAAUUUUGUCCAGCUCCACUUCCAUUGGGGUGGCGACUCCGGCCGUGGCAGUGAACAUUUAAUCCAAUCGAAACAAUAUUCCGGAGAGCUUCACAUAGUUCACUAUAAUUCAAAGUAUGGAACGUUCGCCGAAGCUACUAAACACAAAGACGGGGUCGCAGUUCUCGCUAUUUUAAUGGAGAGUGAAUCAACCGACAACUAUGUCUUGCACCAUAUCGUCGAACAGUUUGAUGAUAUUUCGCAAGGCGGCCAAUCAACUCAGCUGCAUAAUCCUAUUCUUUUGCAAGACCUCCUUCCGGCCAAUAUUCAUAAUUUUUACAGGUACGAUGGCUCUUUAACGACUCCCACUUGUCAAGAGGUGGUUAGUUGGACCGUUUUCGAGACGCCCAUCACUGUAUCCGAAUACCAGUUGAGGAAGUUCAGGCAGUUGUUUGACAGGAAAGGACGCAGACUCAACGACAAUUUCCGGCCGAUUCAAGAGGAUCGUGGUAGGGUCAUCACUUAUCGCUCUGGGAAUGAUCCUCAAUCGUUCAAUCAGCAAAAGUAUAAUCUGACGUCAUCACCUGUUCAAGAACUCCAGUCCUGGGAACAGGCUUUAGAUUUUUUCAAACAUUCCGAGUUCAACUCGCAAGCAUUUUUCAAGUGGCAACCGUUUAAUCGUUCAGACAAAUUGCAAAAUAUUUUGGAAAUUCCCAACUGGAAUUUUGUGGUUAGAUAACAUGAUAGUCCAUUACAUCAAUGCGGAGACAUUAAAUCAGAGUCACGAUCUUGUUGUUCAAUACAUAAUAAAUUA